AGAGUUGUGAGAAUGUGUCUGAGAAACCUUCAACAGAAACCAGAUGCAUUGACGCACAAAACUCUCCCCAAAUGCCGAACAAACAUGAAAAGCUUUCCACAGAACGAGGAGAUGUUGCUCAAGAUGAAGACGCGUGUCAAGGUCAAGAUAAAACCACUUCUGAAGGUCAAGACGGUCCUAAAGAUGCUGCCCAAGACACAGAGAUUCCGAUAAUUGAUCUGACAGGAGAAAGUCCUGCUGGCUCAAGGCGAAGAGACUCUGUCGGCACUUUUGCCCACAAGCUUCUUGAGGAGUCCUUGGAUGCCAAGAAGCCGUCUAAGAUGGAGUCAGAAAGUAAAGAAAAUGAUAAUCCAACCGGUAAGGAGACAGGAAGUACAAGUAGUGGUAAGACGUCUCUAGCAGAGAGGGUCAAGACUUUCUUGCAAGACGUGAAGCAGAAAAUAAGACCAAACUCCUCAAAGGAAGAAGACACGUGUCCAGGGAAAGGAAGCAAGGUGUUGAAGGCUGAAGGAAAUGUAAAAGUGAAAGUGGGAAAGAAGGAAGAAGAAAGUGAAAGGAAGAGGAAGCAGCCGGCACAGCGGCCUGCUUUGCAGAACAAAUCUCAAAACCGAUCUGGUUUCACACUUACAUAUCACAACCAACUGUACAACCAGUCGUGCAACCAACAGUCAUACAGCCAACGGUCAUACAACCAACAGUCGUACAACCAACAAACCUACAACCAACAAACUUACAACAACCAAAUGUACAACCAACAGCAAUCUUACAGCCACCUUCUUCAGACAGCAUUCUCGCGGAACCAGGCGCAAUCUUACAACCAGACGGACCAAUACCAAAUGUCGUUUGUGGCGCGUCAGUUCGGUAACGGUUCACAGGGUAGGUAUUCCUCCAACGAACGUGGCGUGGACUCACAGAACGGUAUGGACUGGCACAAUUUCUACCGACUACGCCAGCAAGCUGCUAUCAGGGACGCGUGGAGGAGUUCUUACCAUGAUUAAAGACUUUGUUUCUUGAGAUCAUGUGAAAAUGUCCAGCAAUAGGAUUUAACGCCAUACGUUCAGGUUUCUGGCGCAAAAAUGUUGUGAAAGUUCUUAUGUAGAUGAACAUGUAAAAAUGAGAAUACU